AUGGAGCAUUUUGGGAGUCCGACGCAAUCAACUUCGGUGAUAACAUCACUCGGUGGGCAGACACCGAUCAGCAGCGGUACCAACGUAGGCCUCUCAUCGGUACUGGCGGGUCCGGCUUCGAUCAUCUGUCCGAGCAGUAUCCUUGGCGGUCCUGCAUCAAAUCUCGGUCCAGCUUCAAUAAUGAUGGGCAGCACCGGUGGUCCAACGUCGAUCCUGAGCGGCGGUGGCGCAGGCCCGAGCUCGGUACUCGGUGGCAGCAUACUCGGACAACAUGGCGGGCCAGGAUCGAUCUUGAAUAGCCAAGGCGGUCCGGCUUCUAUGCUCAGUUAUAACAGUGAACGCGGUGGACCGUCCAGUGUUAUGAAUGUUGGUGGAAAUCCCGGUUCUGUGUUUCAAGACUUGAAUCCGGCAUCGGUUGGACCAGGAAAUCUGGCAGUACCGAUGACUCCGCUUGCUGGUGAUCAUUUUCAGCCGGCCUCGAAUAUUCCCACGGUUUCGAUGAAUCCACCACAGACUCCUGCCUCGCUGCUCGAUGUUCCAUCGCCAGCACUGCAGAAUAUUGUUUCGACUGUAAAUCUAGGUUGUCUCUUUUACUGGGUUUUUUUGAGUUUUUUGCUGUGCAAUAGCUGCACAAAACACAUAUUGUCACCCGGUUGUCCGUGUGUGUCUGCUUGUGUGUAUGUGUAUGUUUGUGUACCAUGUGUGUGUGUGUGCGUGUGUGUGUGUGUGUGUGUCCAUCCGAUGCAUUUUGCUUACUGA